GAGAAAAAAAAACGCCAGAGGCGAUUUAAGCGGUCUGAAUCUUCGCACAGGCAGCAAACGCGAGAGCACUUAUCGCUCACAGGAGCUAGCCAUCCAGCAGCAGCAGAAGCAGAAGCUGCUUUUAGAGCAUCGCGUGUGUGAAAAGUGAAAAGUGAUCCCCGAUUCAUGAAAAAGGCGAAAAAAUUUUCCUGCACAGCAAGUGCGGAAUGGACUCGAAACGCCAUUAAAUCGUCGCGUGCGUGCGGUUGUGAAGGCGAUCGGAGCUAAGCCAGGUUCAGUGUGAUCGGAUAUCGUGGGUGCUAGAAAGGACUGUCCCGAUAACGCGUGAACUGUGCCCAUUUGCUUGCGAUAGAUCUCGAACGUGUAGACUUUUGCGUUUCUGCCUGGUCUUUUUCCUGGUUGGUGAGGCGAAGAAAAAAAAACGGACGGGGCGUCGACUUGUACGGUGCGAAGGAACUUUUCCCUUUCGGAACAUCCUUGCGCCGUGGUCAAAGUGAAUCUCGUCGAGAUGAAAAUGGGGAAAUCACGGAUUUCUCGGUGAUUUUUUCUAGGGAGGGGAUCUAGUGAUGUAAAAAGUUAUCGAAAAUGGAAGCUUUGUUGGAAAAAGGAUAACUAGCUGAAAAGCAUGCACCAACAUGAAAGUGUUAAUUAUGAGUGAUAAGAAAUAUUUCUAAGUGGAAAGAAAAAAUCUUUGCGGCAGAAAUCGGUGUUACGCACUAUCAUUUUGUCUAGCAGUGAUGAGAUGGUCGCUGAUAAGUCCUUCCAUUCGACGAUGAGUGAUGGCGACGAGAAAAAGAAGAAGUAUGGUGUUCAUAACUGAAGCUCGGCCGCCUCAGCGAAGAUCCAAGAGAAAACUGCAAGUGUAAAUCGAACACCACAAAAUGAAGUGUGAAAUAAUCUCCCAGUAUAAUUCCAAAAAACAUUGUUUCAUAAUGUCCCAAGGGAUAACUAUUGUGACCAUAAAUCUAUCCGAUAAAAUUUCCAGCUGAACAUUUUUCCAUCAAAAAACAGUGCGAGUACUACAGCAGGAGUAAAGGAAGUCGAAGAAAAAAAAAGGAGCCGUCGUAGUGGAGAAGCAGGCUGUGGAGUUGCAGGAGCGCAAGGAUUUUCAUCUGUAAGCUCCUCCGAUUUUCGAAAGUAUACACACACAGCAUCCACCACCCAUCGUCAUCUACUCGGCUCUCGAAAUCUUCUGCCGAAUCUCUCUGUCGCUCUCGUGCUCGCACCAUCCUUUCGCGAACCAACACCAAUGCAACCGCAUACCAACACUACUGGUGCGAACUUCGCGGAGAGUACUGUGAGAAGGUAAAAUACUAAAAAUCAGCCACAACAACAAUAACAACAAAAACCUCCAAAAAAUGCCAAAACCUACGACUUACGGAUUAACCUUAGCGUCAUUGCUGGAUGCUGGUAGGUGGCGAACGCUAGAGCUGAUAGUUCUAGUUCUAGUAUGCCUUCUGGACCAGGCGGCAGGGCAGCGACCGCUUAGCAAUGCUACCUUCGGUUCAUCGCACAACUCAACGGGUGUGAUCAAUGUCCUGCAAACCUCGACAACCAGACACCCACCGGAGCUGGAGGCAGAACACCACCAGCAUCCGGCGCACAGUAGCAGUGCCAGCAAUCAGAUCGUCGAGGACAACGUUAGUGGUGAAAAUGGCAUUCCACCACCGCCACCCAGCAUUAACGAAAUCACGUCCGAAACGGGGCCCCGCAAUGGGGCUCUUGAUAUGGUCCAGCGCAGUCGGAGUAUCAACCCUUACUUUCCGACGCCGGCAUCUGCGCAAGGAUCCGGCGGCGACGAUGGACACAACAGCCAACGAAAUUUACCGUUCAACCCACGGCGACGAAAACCGAUCUCCGGGAUGUCCGAGCUGCGUAAAUUCAACCAGCAGAAAAUGGCCGCAGCGGCCGCUAAUGAGAACGGCAUCGAGCGGGGGAACGACAGCAGCUACUCGCGGCAGCACUUUCUCGGUAGCGGUAAUGUCGGCAUGCCGGUGCAGUCACCCGGUUGGGGUGGGCAGCGACGCGGCCGGCCGUACGAUAACCGGCAGGGAGACGAUCCAUUGCGGACGAUCCGGGAGAAGUUUAACAAUGAGCGCUGGCACAAUCCAAUGAUCGAUCGCAGCGAAAUCGACGACAUUCUCGGCGUAAAGUGCAACUUCGAAACCGAGUGCGCCUGGACCUGGGAUGAACACGACCAGAACGGUUUCCAGGUGGUAACCGGUGCCAACCUAACGGAAUCGAACCGUACCGGCUUGAUGCCGGGACCUCCAGCGGACGCGCUGAGCGAUGUCAAUGGACACUUUCUGCAUCUGCGGCUCACCGUGGACAGUACGCCGCAGAUCCUAACGUCACCGGUGUUUGCGGCCACGAGAGAAAACUGCUAUCUGGAAAUGUUAACCCACCAAAGUUCGAUGGGUUACGGUAGCUUAAGAAUCGUGAUCGAAACUAUGGGGGCCCAUGAAUCUUCGUGGGUACCAGCGGAGAUAAUGGGUAACGAUCUCCGGCGAUGGCAGCUGAAUACGUUUCGAAUCGAUCGGAUUUCGAAGGAUUUCAAAAUACUAUUCGAGGUGGUACCGCAUAAGCUUGGUGGGCAAGCUAGGGGUCAUGUCAGUAUCGAUAACCUACGGAUGGUGAACUGCUUCCCGGAUUCGAUGAAUACGAAUAACUGCAGCUUCUCGCAGGUUCGCUGCACAGCGAAUAAGGCUCCGGUUUGCAUCAAAACACCAAAGAUUUGCGACAUCACCGUCGAUUGCGACGAAGAUGAGGACGAGACUCUCAACUGCGACAAAAUCCCGUUCGGUGGCAGGUGCGAUUUCGAAAGCGGCUGGUGCGGCUGGCAGAAUUAUGGCAAUGCAAUACUGUCGUGGGCGCGCCAUACAGGUCCAACGCCAACGGAGAAAACUGGACCGGAUAUGGAUCACACCCACGAGGGAACCAACGUGACGGGUUACUACAUGUUCGUCAACAUGAACCAACACGCAAACGACAGCGAGAAGAAGACUCUGGUGGGCCUCGCAAGUAACGCCAUCAUGAACAGCGUUAUUUUUAAUCCUCCACCGCUGGUGCACAGCAAUGUGUCCUCGCCAUAUCGGAACUCCUGCGUGGUUCGCUUUUACGUCCACCAAUACGGCAUGAAUCCCGGAAGCAUCAAUCUAUCCAGCGUGGAAAUUAAGGAAAAAGAGAACGUUACCACCACACUCUGGUGGAGCUCCAAAAACCUAGGCGAGGAUUGGGUCCGGGAGGAUAUUGUUCUACCAAAUAUUACCACAAAAUAUUACCUUCAGUUCGAGGCACGCAUGGGAAUGCGUAUCUUCUCGGACGUAGCGAUCGACGACUUUUCGCUAAGUCCCGAAUGCUUCGGGCUUAACAUUCCCGCCGAUCAUCUGCAGGGAUACAACUACUGGGAUCCACGAAUCGGCGGGAUCAAACAGCCGCACAAGGACUUCAACGGGAAGUCUUAUAUCGAGCUCAAUACGUGCGGUGCGAAGGGGCAGCAUGGUCCAACUCCGGCUGAUUGUCUGGUUUCGUACAACAAUACCGAAGCCUUCAACGCCAUCAACGUGAUCGAUAGUCAUCCUUUCAAGGGAAUUCAAGCAUGGAAGGUUCCCAACGAGGGUUACUAUACGAUCAUCGCCAAAGGAGCCGGUGGCGGUCUCGGCUCGGGUGGAGUUGGGUCAUCCCGAGGUGCGCUGGUGCUGAGCGUGCUGGAACUGCACAAGGACGAGGAAAUCUACAUUCUCGUCGGACAGAGCGGGGAGCACGCCUGCAUCAAAUCGAUGGGCUAUCGGGAUGAAGCUUGCGAGCCCCGGAAUAAGCAAUACUCGAAAGAGAUGUACACCUCCAAGACGCAGCAGGUGAAAAAUACAGUGAUUGAGGAUGGCGCUGGUGGCGGUGGAGGUGGAACCUAUGUGUUUUUGCUCAACUCUGCUAACACCGCUGUUCCUCUGCUGGUAGCCGGAGGAGGUGGAGGACUUGGCGUUGGUCGGUAUCUCGAUGAGGAUAUUCAGCAUGGUAAAAAGUUUUUGUUGGGUAAGAAGGAUGUUUCCGGAACAGCUCAUUCCGAUUUGGAACGUCAUGCUGGUCCCGGAGGAGGUUGGCGUGCUCAAGCUGAUAUGGGCUUAGACCCGAAGUAUGGUGCAUCGCUGCUGGAAGGCGGUCGCGGCGGUUUGCCAUGUUAUCCGCCCCGUGGCACCCAUGGACAGGGUGGCUUCGGUGGUGGCGGUGGAGGAUGUGACACUGGUGGGGGUGGAGGUGGUUUUUCCGGUGGUGACACGAUGAUCAACUCUACUAACGGCCAGGGUGGAAGUUCUUUUCUGGCGUCCAAACGAAACGUUCCGGAACUGUCGAUGGAGCAUUCCGGAGUGAACAGCGGACACGGAGCGGUUCUAAUCAUUCCUGCCAUUCAAGGAUGUGGGUGCGAUUAUCGGUGUGUUGCGCUGGAUGAGUAUCGAGCCAUGGUUGGCUGUAUUUGCCCGGAUGGUUGGACGCUUAAACCUGAUAAUUAUACUGCUUGUGAAUUACAAACUGAAGAUGAUGAAAUGAAGUACCUAAUCAUGUUCUUUAUAGCCGUUGUGAUAAUUUUAUGUGCAGCAUUGGCUGGUCUAGUACUCAUUUUAUAUAAUCGCUAUCAACGCAGACGACAAGCUGCUCUCCGGCAUAAGAUGUUACUGGAGCAGGAUCUACAGUUAAGCCGCUUGCGUAGCACAACGGACGAUACGGGACUGACCAACUUUAAUCCUAACUACGGUUGUGACGGAAUUCUGAAUGGAAAUGUUGAUGUCAAGAGUUUACCGCAGGUGGCUCGCGAAAGUUUGCGGCUUGUCAAGGCUCUCGGACAGGGAGCAUUCGGUGAGGUCUACCAAGGUCUGUACCGACACCGAGAUGGGGACGCUGUCGAAAUGCCGGUUGCCGUUAAAACUUUACCGGAAAUGUCCACCGGCCAGGCUGAAUCGGACUUCCUAAUGGAGGCUGCAAUCAUGGCCAAAUUUAACCAUCCAAAUAUCGUUCACCUUAUAGGGGUCUGCUUUGAUCGGCAUCCCAGAUUUAUCGUGCUUGAGCUUCUGGCUGGCGGAGAUCUAAAGAACUUCCUACGGGAAGGUCGAAACAAACCUGAACGUCCAUCUCCUCUGACGAUGAAAGACCUGAUUUUCUGUGCCCUAGAUGUGGCUAAGGGCUGCCGCUACAUGGAGAGCAAGCGCUUCAUACAUCGUGACAUAGCCGCUCGUAACUGUCUGCUCAGCAGUAAGGGUCCAGGUCGAGUGGUCAAGAUUGCCGACUUUGGUAUGGCACGCGACAUCUACCGGUCGGACUACUAUCGGAAGGGUGGUAAAGCGAUGCUGCCGAUCAAGUGGAUGCCUCCGGAGGCUUUUCUGGACGGUAUCUUCACCUCAAAGACUGAUGUAUGGUCGUUCGGUGUACUGCUCUGGGAGGUAUUCAGCCUUGGUUUGAUGCCAUACACCGGACUGCCAAACCGUGAUGUGAUGCAACUAGUCACCGGAGGAGGUCGCCUUGACGCUCCUCCCGGUUGUCCGAAUGCUAUUUACCGCAUAAUGGCCGACUGUUGGAAUCCAACACCGGAAGAGCGUCCAACGUUCUCGAAUCUGCUGGAACGACUGACAACCUGCACCCAAGAUCCGGAAGUAAUGAACGCUCCAUUGCCAAGCUUCUUCCGGCCUCCGUCAAACGAGCGGGACACUACGAUAAUGAGACCCCCCGGAAACGACGACUUCUGUCUCCAGGUUCCCAACUCAUCGGACUAUCUGAUUCCACUCCCUGGACCACGAUCCGUGGCGGAGCGGCUACUCAGUGAAGCUACCGGUGUGACAAUUCCCGACUCGAUAGUUACGUGCACUCCACCGAAGACCGCAUCGCCCAGAAUAAUGAACGGACCCCAGCAGUUGGAGGAGGGAAAGUGUUGGGAAACCUCUUUCAUUCGAGAACAUCCCACAGUGGUUACUUCGGUCACUACAAUGCCGACCCAAGAUCCUACCAUGUUGGUGAAUGAAAAUGGACCUAUCGAACCGCAUGGCUGCCCAGGAGUGCCCGAUAAAUUGAUAUCGCUAGACACUCCUCAGCAGACUCCAACCAGUAUUCAGCCGCCGAUUUCGUUUAGCACACCGAUGACAAACCUGCACGGUAACCCCAUGGUGGUACCGUCCGCCAUUGCGAUGGGUGUUCCACACAAAACCGUCCAUUGCAAUGGUAAUGGAAUGAACGGAAAUGGGAUCGCCAACGGGAAUGGUUCCAGCAAUGGAAGCCACAACGGACACAAUCAAAUUGUGGUACCGCCACCGCCGGUGUCGGACGAUCAAAUCGAAACGGCCAAACUGUUGAACAGUAUUCCCCCACCAAUUACGCUGGAUCCAUCGACGUUGAACAAGCAGCAACCUGGGGUGGGAGGAACUUCCUACGCCAACAUCCGAAUGAUUAACGCCAAUAACCUGACUAAUGGGGAGCUAGGUGAAAAGCUGGCCGGUGGACGGGGUAAUGGAGGUGGUGGAGGCGGAGGCGGUAACCAUCAUCACAGCAACAGCAGUGGCAGCGAUAAGAGCAAUGACACCCGGACUACGGCUUUCACGAUCCAGACCUUCAGCGAUCGGUACAUAAACCAGGAAAACCAUUCGGAGAUAAGCUGCUAAGAUGGUGGAAAAGAUAACAUUUGUCCUGGGAAUAAUUCCUCACACACACACACACACACAUACACGCUGCGCAAGAACUAUUUUAAAAAAGUGUUACGAUAAAACAGGUGAGCAAAUUCUCUUGGUGGAACAAACCAAAUACCUAACCCAAUUAAGAAUACAGAUAGAUUUUACAUAUAAAUGGAUUACACAAAACCUCCUGCGGGAGGUUGCUAAAGCUUAAGAACAUAAAACUACUAUUGGUGAUAUCACUAAUUUAACAAAGUAUUUCGUAACGAAAAACUAGUGUAAAUAGACGAGGAUUUUUUUUCUGUUAAAGAUAACCGAUGGUUGCAGCUGCAGAAGCUGACACAAAUUAGUCCUAUUUAGCGUAUUAAGUAAAUAAGCUCUAAAUGAGACAAAAAAAAACAUAUAUAUGUUAUCCGCGCUAGAUGUGUAAAAAAAACAUUGAGGCAGGGUAUAGGCAAGUUAGGGCAGUGCUGUAGAACAAGUUUUGAUAGGGUUGAGGGUGAAUGAUGUAAAGAUGAACGCGUGUCGUGGUCAAUCGCGGAGGUGCUCUGUAGAACUUUCAACGAGAAUGUUGGUUUCGAUUCUUUUAUGUGAAUAUAUAGCGCUAUAGCUACUCAGCAAGUGAGCAUAGAUCGAGGAUAGGCUUUUUUUCUCUAAUUUAUAAGUACGCUCAAUUUUUUGACUCUCAUAUGCAUUAUGAGUAGUGGCAUAAUUUAGAUAAAUGACAAUUUUGGGGAUUUUAUUGAACUCCGGUUAUUGACUUAAAUGCAACUGCAAGCAUAAUUGAAACGUUAAGAUUAUCGAUAGGUUUUUAGCUAAGUCGCUGUCGAAAAAUGGAUAGUUAGCCCGUUGCAAAUGUGAAUGUAUAUUUGGCUUGCUGCAAGCCACCCACCCCCUGUUUGGCUGCGAUGUUCGACAACAGAUAACUUUGCAUUUGCUCAAUCGCUUUGGUUCAGUUAACUGUAGGUAAGGCUGGCAUUAACUAAUCUGUAUCUCAUGACAUUUGGAAUGUUUAGUGGUGAAAAAAUAUUGUCCAUUUGUAGUUAAGGUUGCUGAAGAUAUUUGCCUGCGGAGAAAAAUGUAUUUUAUAAAUGUUACAGGUUAUUAUUAGCUCAUAAAUUUUAUUCAUUUUGUUCGGAUUUCGAAGCCAGUUAAAAUAAUCAUUAUGAAGUAGUCAAUAGUUUUCAAGCAUUAAGUUCAAGUUGCUUAUGACGUUUAUAAAACAACAUUUAAUUAUUUUAAAUACGAAACAAAUGUCAUCUUUACUUUUACUUUCCAUACAUACCGCAGGAGUAAAUCAACGUCAUAAAAAUCGUCAAUCUAAAAAUAGUAUUUGUUGAUUUUACAUUUUCUGACGAAGGCAAGUCCUUAUAACCGUUACAGUGUUAUCAAAUAUUUUAUCAGGUCAAUUUGUAGCUUCAGAGAUCAAUAUUGUUAUCCGUUUAAAUCGCAAAUAUUCCACCAGUCAUUCUCAUAAUCUGUGGAAAAUAUCUUCAGCAAUACACAUCAUAACUGCCUCCCGACAAAGUUUUCCUCAUUUUGUUUUUGAGACUUUCGACAAAUGCUUUGCGGAUAUCCAAACUUAUUUGCUCAAAAUGCAGUCAUACUAGUAGUAGCAUUCAACUAUGCUUUGAGCAUGAUUCAAUGACGAAUGUCCGUCUUUAAAAAAAUCAAACCGGUGAACGCGUAGCGAAACGUAUUUUUACAUGAAAAAGUAAACCAAAAGAAUUAUAAAUAAAGUAAGACGAACAGAAAUUAAGCAGCCACAACAAAUGAACACAUAUAUUCAGGUUAGUGAACAGAAAUUUAUUGUAGUUGCUACCUUACUCUUGUAUAACAAAGCGAAGAACACAAAAUUAAACAGAAAAAGUAUAAGCAACGAAAUUACUGUAAUUAUCUGAUUAUAACCCUCUCCUGAGUACAGCAGGGGAACACAGAUGCAUGAUCGAAAAGAUUACGCUAUCAUACUGUUAUAAACUGGCAUAAAAACAAAACAAAGUAAGCAGUGAAAUUCACAAUGGGCACUCAAACAGGAAAAAAACAAAAUUAAAACUGUGCUCUCUGUACGUGUUGAAGCGAAAAAAGAUUAACGCAAUCCAUGGGCAGCAUUUCAUAUUCUACUGAAUGUUACAUAUAGUGAAAAAAUGAAACCACAAAGCAAAGUAUUUCACUGCGCUGCGGUGCAACCGUUUAAACAGGAAAACAAACAAACCAAACCCUAUUGAAAAUUAACGUGUCUUCGUGUAUGGAUAAGUAAGAAAAGUUAUUUUUGUACCACAACAAAACUAACACACGCAGUCAUAACAAACACUUUCGUGAACAAAAGAAAAUUGUAAAAAAGGAAGAUCUACUGUAAGAUUAAAGGUGUCAAUAACAGCAAAAGCAUUUAAGCAUAGAUCACGAAUCCAUUUCAACGCAGCAAAACGAGCUAAGUAGAUCAUGAUAGUCCCAAAAGGUCACACUCAUACACAGACGAACGAAAAAAAACAUGCUGAACAAGGCAAGCAUUUCAUCGAUUACUUGGUCACACUCACACCCACAUUAAUGUAAAAAAGUGACCGGUUAAAGCUUGUAAUAUUAGGGGAAGAAAAAAAAACUAAUAUAUAAGCAAAAAUUUGUACACAAAUUAAUUUUGAUAGAAUUGUACAGGAUAAUCAGUUUAUUAAGAGGGGCAUACAGAGUUAAACAAAAUAACUGAACAGUUAGAUUCGGUAAUUGAGGUCGCCGGGAAUGUAGGAAGCAAACAGAAAAAAACGCCAAACUAGACGUAUGAGGAGCAGCUGUCGGUAAGUUUCGAGAAAGAAAUUUUUAUAACAAAACAACAGAUAAAACUAUAAAGAAAAUCUUAACCAAAAGAUAAAUGUAAAAAAAAACAAACGUAUGUUACCACAAUUUUUACCAAGUAAACUAAAAUAAAACGCUAAAUGUAUUGAAAGAUUGAACUUCGGUUCAGUACUGAGAUGCUUCAGAAGCAUUUCUCAACCCUCAAUUUCUGUCGGGUCCUCCGAUCCGGCGGAAGCGAGAGAGCGAAUGUUAAUAAUUGAUGAACAUUAUGUGUAAUCAAGUUCAACAAACGAACAAAAAAAAAGGCAGACGUUUAGUAAAACACAAACCAAUUGCUCUACUCUAGUUGAUAAAGAAUGAAUUUUGAUAAUUUUAGCAAAAUUUUCAACAAAUUUAUUUUUGUAUUGAAAAAUCAGACACAUACAGUGGCAGCAGUUCCGAGAAACUCGGCACUCGGACGGACUACUGAAUAAACUAAAUAUUAAAAAUACAGUUUUCAGUUAUUUCGCGAGCGAAAUAAAACCUUUACCAGUGGCAUGCAAAAAAAAAGAAAAACACCUGAAGCUAGUGUUUUAAGUUAAAACCCUAAACCACGACCGUAAUGAAGCCGCAUGAGAAAACAAGAAUGCUUUAAUUGAUAUAUGUAUAUAUAUAUACACACACAAGAAGAUGUCAUAAAAUGGAUAAAAAAUAACUAAAAUUCAAGAAGCAAAAAAAUAUGUAUGACAUAAAAAAACAACAAAAGAAUAUUAAUGUUAUUUAUUUAUUGAUAUUUAUGUAUAAAAAAAACAAAGAUGACAUAAAACAUACAACAGCAAAGUGAGACAAACUACGAGAAGGUGAAUCGUAAACACUACACACCCACACUCACGGGAAAAUGAGAAGGUUAGAUCAAAAAACAAUUGUUAUUAUAUAGUGACAACAGGAAAUUGAGACGGAAUGAUAGUGAGGAUUAAAGGAAAUGGAACCUUAUCAUAACUGACUAAUAAAUAAAUAAUGACGACA